AAGAAGCAGCCGGCAUGCUGGUGUAAACGGAGCUGACAAUGGAGGAUUCAAGCGCGCGUGUUUUGAAACGUAUCGUCGGCAGAGGGGAAGUGUUGCUACCGAAGCUCCUUGGACACAGGAGCCAGAUCAAAUUGGACAUAGACCUCUAGAUACUCUUGAAAGAAAAAAAAAAAAAAACAAUUUUGGGAGGGGUAAAAUAUUACCCAGCAUUCAGAGUCUGAAAGAGUUUCACUUUACCAAAGAAGUUAGAAGACUGUAACCAGGAGGCGGUGUUCUCGAGCGGACAGGACGUCUCCACCUCUGCAUGUUUUGAUUUAACUCCAGCUCAAGUAGAGGUGUCCAUCCCAGCUGCCAGGCUCAUCCGCAUGACUUCGCACAGGCUUUCAUCUCUGUGAAGUGGGUGAUGAUUUGACAGCAUCAAACUCAAGACCCAGAACCUUUCUAGGAGACAGACUCCCGCCUGAUCCAUUCAAUUAAAACCGCCGUCGUCGAGCGCCAUGAGCUGCUGCUGCUGGGGUGACGUCCUGCCAAACCCGCUGACAUGGAACACCUAAAAUGGAAACGGGACUGACUGCCAUGAUCCAACUCCUGCUUUAAUCGUCAACUAGACCUCGUCCCGUUCCGUUCCGACCUUCCUCCGCGCUCCUCGCCCCGACCUGAACCGCUCCCAGUUUUGAAUUUGAACUGCUGCUCUCUACCUUUCCUCCCCCUGUUCCCCCGUUCCUCACCCUUCCCCGUCAGCUCCUUUUCUUUUCUGUUUUUUUUUCUUCACCCUACUCCUUUCAACGGAGGCGACAUCAAACACUCUGAAUUCAAACCAUGGCCGCCAGACAGCGUUCGUCCUCCCCGUCUCCCUCCCUGCUCCUUCCCGUCCUCCUUCCUGCACUGCUGCUCCUGCACCUGCCUGCUGCGGUGACAGGGGACUGCUGGCUGAUAGAGGGGGACAAAGGUUACGUUUGGCUGGCUAUCUGCAGUCAGAACCAGCCUCCGUACGAGACCAUCCCCCAGCACAUCAACAGCACGGUUCAUGACCUGAGGCUGAAUGAGAACAAACUCAAGGCUGUGCUCUUUACCUCCAUGUACCGCUUCACAAACCUAACUGAUCUCAAUCUAACCAAGAAUGAGAUCAGCUACAUUGAGGAUGGGGCCUUCGCUGGACAGGCAAACCUUCAGGUUCUACAACUGGGCUACAACAAACUGACCAAUCUGACUGAAGGAAUGUUGAGAGGCCUGGGCCGAAUGCAGUGCCUCUUUUUACAACACAACCUCAUUGAGAUCAUUGCCACCAAUGCCUUCUGGGAGUGCCCCAACCUCAGCAGCCUGGAUCUAUCUUCAAAUAAAUUGGCCCGUCUUGACCCCUCUACCUUCACUUCCCUCAACAGGCUAAUGGUCUGUGAACUAGCAGCGAACCCGUUCCAUUGUGGGUGCGAGCUCUACAGUUUUCUGACUUGGCUAGAGGAGUUCAACAAUGUCACCCACACUUACGACCGGCUCCAAUGUGAAACUCCACCAGAACUGACAGGGUAUCCCCUCCUGGGCCAAGCGCCUGGGCAGGGAAGGAAUGCUCGGAAUAUUCUCCUGUCUGCCUGUCGGGACGGUGUGAUUAUUCCAGGGAUGACCUCCCAGAUGCCAGAUCCAGAUGGCUCAGGGAUGGGUUUAGACAAUUCUGACCCAGGUCUGUACCCUCAGCCAACCACAGCUACCGCCGAUCCCAACUACGUUCCUCAGAUUUCCAUUAAGCUGGAGUCGGUCUCCCUCUACACGGCAUCUCUUCUUGUGCAGAUUCCAAAACCGUACACUAAGAUGUACAUCCUCUCCCAGUAUAAUGAUACCUUUGCAACAGAAAUUAUGUCCCUCACAAAGAAGAAGGAGAAGAUCCCCAUAGAUAAGCUGAAACCACACACCAACUACACCUACUGCGUGGCGUCCGGAAGUAAAACUCAACGAUACAACCAUACUUGCCUGUCUUUCACAACGCGGGCUGUGGGCCCGGAGGACCUCCGUUCUAAUCCAUCCACAACUACCCACUACAUUAUGACAAUCCUGGGAUGUCUGUUUGGUAUGGUGAUUGUGCUCGGAUUUGUCUACUACUGCCUCAGGCGGCGACGCAUCCAAGAAGAGAAGGAGAAGGCUAUAAGUGUAAAGAAAACAAUUCUGGAGAUGAGGUACGGUCCAGAGGCAGCUGCAGCAGUGGCCAAUGACCCAGGGGCCAUUCAGCGUCUUCAGGAGCAGACUCAUCACCACCAUUCAGGAGGAGCGGGAGGGAAGCUUCCACCAUCUGCCUCUUCUAGCACCGGGAUGCUCCAUGGAUCAGCAAACACAAGCUCUUCCCGCCUCUCCACCUUGCCCCAGGUAGAAAAAAUGGCCUCUGCCUUCUCCGAGGCAAUGGGCAGCAAGAGCAAUUACAUGGAUGUGAGGACAACGGGAAUGGUUGGGGAGAGCAGAGACGGAGUACUGGUUGCUGGAGGAGUAGGAGGUGAAGUAGUUGUUGAUAUGCGCGGUGUGGCUGAAAAUGGGACAGAGGCUGGGGAAGACUCGGAUGAUGAUGGCCGUGGCUCUGCAUCGGAGAUUUCCACCAUUGCUAAGGAGGUGGACAAAGUGAACCAGAUCAUUAACAACUGCAUCGACGCCCUCAAGCUGGACGCCUCUGCCAAUAUUGUGUCGACAGCUGACGACGGUAACUCUCUGUCCUCCUCCCAGCCACCUUGCAUGGCACCUCUUUCCCGCAAUCUCCUGCCUCUCUCCACUGCCUCCUCUGGAGAUCAGAUCAUGGCCUCUUCUCCAAAGGUGCAUCCAAAGUCUCAGCCACACCCUCAGCCUCAUCCUCAGCCACAACCUCAGUCCCAUCCUCAGUCUCACCCACAGCUACAUCAACAGCCUCAUCCCCCUUCUAUGGCCCCGGUGCCCCUGGUCAUGCCCCUGUCGGAGCGACCUGGCAUCAGCGGAGGUGGGUUCCUUUCCCCACCUUACCGUGACCCACCCCCAGCUAAUGCGGUACGGCCCCUUCAGAGGCAGCAGAGUGCCGACACCACUGCAGUCAAGAAUCGUUGUGGUACUCCUGCUGCAGUAUCCGUCAAGAACGCAAGGGUGUACAGUGUGGAUAUACCGGAGCAGCGGAGUGAUCCACCCAAGUAUCCAACAGAGAAGGGGAGUCCUGCCGUUUGUGGUGGGAUGGGUGGAAGCGGGGGACAUGGUGGAGUAGGAGGCUGUGGAAAUGGCAAGGGGAACCUAAAUGGUGGUGGGGUGAGUUUAAAUGGAGGCGGAAUGGGAUGUAAUAAUGGGAAUGGAAGUGGAUGUGGGGUUGUUGGGCCUGGACAGCAGCAGCAUCACUUAGAGGUUCAGCCAGACUACCACAGCUCAGAGCACCGACACUCCUUUCCUGCGCUCUACUACGAAGAUGGCAACGAAUCUCCCUUACCAGCCCAAAAAGCUUCAUUCCUCAAGCCACUGGGACGCACCAAAAGGGAGGCCACAGCCACCUACUCCCAGCUCUCUCCUGCUCGUCACCAUAACUACAACUCCGGGUACUCCUCCAGUCCGGAGUACUCAUCAGAGAGCACGCUACGCAUCUGGGAGAGAUUUCGACCGUACAAGAAAAACCCACGCGAGGAAGCCUCCUACAUAGCCGCGGGCCACGCAUUGCGUAAGAAGGUGCAGUUUGCCAAGGAUGAGGAUCUUCAUGAUAUUUUGGAUUAUUGGAAGGGCGUUUCUGCCCAGCAAAAGCUGUGAGUUUGGUGGGGGAGAAAGAGUCAAAUGCUACGUGGGAGAUUUUAAGCUGAACACCAACAGCGGACUAAUACAGAGGUAGGAUGAGAAUCUUUCUGCAGAGUGACUUGGGUCAUUCAUCCGGCAGAUCCAGAGUUGACUAAUCUCAAGAUGAGUUUGGAACAUGUUUUUGGUGACAGUUCAUUGACAUUUUAAAUGGUUCCAGAGGAUGACAUUUGUCACCACAACCCUGAGUGGUCUGUUCCCCGGACGGCCUCGUACUGGGCACUUUGGUCCUUGCAGGCUUUGCAGAAAUGCUAAGUACAUUUUGAUGAGCAAAGUUAACUUGGUGACAAGCGUCUUCUACCUCAUCACUGGUACACCUCAUCACUGUAGCUCAACUAUCUCAGUAGAAACAGCAGCAUUUAUAAUUUAAGCUCUGUUUUAAGCUCCAUCUGUUUUUUUUUUUCAAUUUCUAUCAAACAACCAUUCAAAGGACAUUAAUUCCACGGCACUGCUUCCACCUGGGUUUCUAUAAAACAUCAUUUAGAGCACUAAUGAGAAACUAAAUUGAAGAUUUAUUUGUUGUUGUAUUAGAAUACCUGUCUUUGGGGAAGACAUUAAGCGAUACUAAUCUGGCUUAUUGUUCUCCCUAGCAAUUAGCCAGUGUAACAGAAGGUCAGGGACAGUGUUUGUUGAGCAUGCUUAUUGAUGUAAAACACCCAACUACGCAUAUUCAGUCGUGUGUGUACAUACAGGUUGUGAGUUUUAAUGUGAGAAAUCCCAUUUUAGUUGAAGAGGGAAGUAGGGGCUGAGUCAUUCUUUAUCUCAGGCUUCUGUAUGAGAGCAAAAGGUUUUGUGAUAGACAGAUUAGAUAACAACCUACAGUAGCUGGGAAGGUCUGUGAGUGUACUUGUGAAUGAGUAAGAGUUUUGCUCAUUUGGCAUAUCUAGAUGUCGCGAAGCAAACCCUGUGAAAACUUCCAGGCCUUUUUGGCCUAUUUACAGGCACUACUUUGGAGCUGGAGCAUUUACAUUUCAAUAGGCUGAGUCAUGCCGAAAUUACUUGAGGGGUGGGCUGGAAGUGCAGGUGCAAGCUCGUGUAGUAAAGAAUCAAGUAAUCACAUUUUGGAACAGAAGCAGACUGAGAGCAGGUUAGAGGUUUCCUGUGAACAGCCCUGUGCUAAAGAGGAGAGGCAAGGUUCAGCGCUUUUCUAGCUGCGGCUGCAUUCCAUCAUAACGCUCUCUCCAAUGCACAGUGGACACUGGAAAAAGAGCUGAAGAUCCACAUGGUAUUUAUUUUUUAUUUUUUUGCCUCUGCCUCGAUAAAGCUGACAUCUCCCUGUGCUUGACAGUUCUCUGUUCUGGUAAAACAAAAACUGGUAGCUUGCUAUGGACCAAAGUGCCCUUAGGAGGUGAAAUUUAAAGGAUUUUAAUUACACUUGCCUAUCUUCCUGUGUGUGUGUGUGUGUGUGUGUGUGUGCGUGCGUGUGUGUUUUUAUGUUUUUUUAAUUAUUAUUAUUUAAUGUGAUGCUGUUAUAGCUGGUUGAGGGAAAACGGAGCAAGGCUUGCCAACUACCAAGGAGACAAUUAGUGUCUAUUUUUUAACCUCCUGGAUAUUUGUUUUUAUCUUAGUUUUCUUUUUUCUCAGAAUUGUUGAGUAUCAUGUCAGUACAGGAUAUCCACUGAUUACAUUUGUACCAAAUUAACCCAAAGAGCUUUUUAUGAAAGUUAUAGAAAUGAUUUGUCUGGUCAGUGUAAGAGUUUGACCAAGAAAAAAAAUUAGGUUGAUUAUGAGAUUCACUUUUUGGCCAAGUUAAAUCUGUUCAAAAACAUUGUUUUUUUUUUGUUGUUGUUUGUUUGCUGUCAUUCAAAAGGCUGGCAGAUAUAGAAUUAAUUUGUUGGAAGAAAGAAAAAUAAUCAUGUGUAAAGUAUAUAUAUGUUUUAUAUGUUUUAUUUUUCUUCUCUUUUUAAGCAGAAUGUUCUUCCAAAAACUGCAAGACUCACCAUUUCUAACUCCAAGAAAUGAUGAGUUGUUGUCUUGUAUUGCUUGUUUUUCAAGUGUUUCUGUGCUUUUUAAACUUCCGUUGUGUUCCGACCCAACAGAGCUGGUAGCAUCCACAAAGAGAAUAUCACAGCCUUAUCAUCACUGUAGCAUCAGAUCAAUACGACUUAAUCUGAGUAAAAGGAACAACAAUAAAUGCAUACAGCAAACUCCCUUGAGCUCAAAGUCUCAGUCUCCAUUUUUCUUUUGAGAGAGCAAAAUGUACUCGUUUUGCCUCAUCUUCACUUUCUGCUGGGAGCUUUCGCUACCUUAGGUCCAAGGGAUGACCAAUCGGUUAGUCUGAGAUUAUCCAGUGUGGGAACCUUUUUAAAAUAAUGACUGCAUUUGAAAGACUGGGGAGAAUUGAGCUGCAUAUUCACUUAAAGAGUUUUUUGUCAGAUGUAACAUAACAUUAUCCGAGUUACUCAACAGUUCAGGCCACUGAAUUCAAUCAGUUGCUAACAACAGGUCCACUAUCCAUUAAAGGUCGUAUGAACUUCUUGACAGAAAUGAUAUGCAUCCAGCUUUGUUCAUAGGCCCUAUUAAGGAAUAGUAAGCAACUUAAUUUGACGUCUACCUGUGGUGAUCAAGCCAUGCUCCUGUGUUCCCUUCAAUAUAUUUCAGGAUAUCAAAGUUUUCUUUUUAUGCCACUCUCUGAGAACAAAGGGUAUUUGCCUUCAACCCCAAAGGACCAGAACCCAGAAGUCCAAACUGACCAGUGUGUUAGCUGUCGUACCAGUCAGAUUACCAAUGUGUAAUUUCUCUCUCGAGUCUAAAUCUAAAGGAUUUACUGUCAGUGUCGGGGCUCCAGAGGUAAACAUGGAGAGGAAGCAGCAGAAACUGUUUGACUUGUGCUGGUCUCUUGGGGAAUUAGUCAAAUCCUCUCCGCUCACAGCUGUGAAACCCAACGGUACAUUGACAAAGAACAGAUCGGGUGUUUGAAUUCAGAGAACCAUUUAAACAAUUGUCUUGAAUGAAAUUUUUAAUCGAUAUUACCAUUAUUGUCACUGUGAUCAAAAGGCAUUUUAAUAGAAACAGUUCUGGUGUUUUGGUAAUCGAAUAUAUAGCUUCUACCAAUCUGAAACAAAUCCUCUCAGUUGCUACUUAAACUGUUUUACUAGCUGCCUUGGGGAUUCGUCGCGGCACGGUUUGGGUUUUUGCUCUUUUUAAGUUUUGCAAUCUUUUUUAGGCUCAGGUUUCUUCAAACAUAACAAAUCAAUAAUCUGAAAAUUGUGGGAGCAGCACUCCAAAUCACCUCCCUGUAGAGUUGUCCUUGCCCUUAAUGUGGACCUCUAUCAAAGAACCUGAAAACUUGCACAGCCUUACUGGGGAUGGCUGCAAGGUCUUUUCUGCCUUUUCUGAUGAAAUCUCUGAGUCCGUGCUUUACAUUUUUGCAGUGGAAGUCAUGGACUCUAAUGUUGUAAACAUAAAAAAACCUCAUAUUUACUGGUUAAUACUAAGAGGCUCCUCUCCCCACUGCCCUAUAGGCCACUUCUGUGUUUAACAUUAAUAAACACAUAAUGGACCCCAAGAACCUUUGCUGCAGAGAACAUGCCACUUUUUACUGGUGGCAAAUAUCAGUAGAUAAAGUUUGGCAGAAAUUUUGCUGUUAAAAAUUAUUUUGCUAAGGGUUUUUCACGUUUGACCAUACCAUAACAAUGUUUAUCUUCUGUGCAUUUUACUGGACAAAAUAUUAUAUUUAUGUUGUGAAAAUGUAUAAUAAUAAGAACAUAAUUAUAAUUUAUUAUUAUUAUUAUUAUUUACAAUCAAGACAUCUCAGAGAAAGCUGCUUGAUGCAGUUUGGAGAUCAUGUGAUAAAGUUGAAAAUGGUU